CAACAUUAACAUACCUUCGACUAUUUAUUUAACUUGUAUUUGAACAGGGUUGAUUAUUAACGCUACAAGCAUACGCUCAUAUAUAUUAGUGAAUAGUUCAAGUAUUCAAGCGGAUUUCGCCACCAGUUGUGAAGUAUGCAGAAUGAGAAAAUCCCUGUGCAACAAAGUCGUCAGUCUGAUGAUUCCAAAACACUGUCAUAUACAAAAAUGGUUAUAUUAUUGGUGGGAGUCCAAAUAUUGCUGAGUAUAGUAAUCACACUGACCUUGUCAGCAAUAUCACCACACAUAACUAAUAUGCUAAACUGUAUGACAGUGUUCACAAUUCUAUUCGCGGUGAUAGCUGAUAUGUCAGCAGUACUACUUCUUGCUAUCCCGAAAAUUAGACAUCUCUUCCCACUCAACAUCAUCAUUCUCUUUGUAUACACAAUAUCCGCGUCUUUCGUAGCCGGAUUUCCGUUUGCCUGUAUGAAUAUUCUCUGGACGUUAGCAAGUUGGGGAACAACCUUGGUGGCAUUCUUCUCCACAAUAGUAGGUGGGGCAUAUAUUCGGGUGAAACUGUUGGAUCAUUGGCUCACAUUGUUAUCAGUUGUCGUUUCUGAAUUCAUUGUGACAUUAAUCACCACCAUUGUGUUAUCUGCCUUGGGACAUUUAGAAAUAGCAAUGAUUAUUUUUGGUGGAGGCAUGGCUGUUCUAAUAAUUAUUCUGGCUCUCAUUUCUGGUCAGAUAACAUUUAAUCAACAUGGACAACGUACAGUAUCUCCUGACUACUGUCUGGCAUCAAUUAUCCUACACGCUGUUUCACUUUUACUAUUUAUUAUCAGUUCAUUAGAAUUUUAUUUCACUCUGCCAAACACCCCUAAAAGGUGUCAUUUACUAUCGAAGAUUUUCUGAAUUUCUCAACAUUAGAUUUGUAUACUAUUCAGUUGGUACAUUACAUUUAGGCAAGUUGUUUUUUAAACUCUUAGUUUCUGUGAACAAUUCGACAGUAAUAAUGAUAAUAAUGAUAAUUCAUUUUUUCUAUGUCCUGAUAUUUGUGUUUGAAAACAUAUCGAAGAGGAAAUACAAUGA